UUAAAUAAAUACUUGAAAAUACUGUCAAAAAUGUCUUAUUUUCAAUGUUUUAUUUGGUAUGGACUAUUAGCAUUAUCUUUAUCAUAUCCAAUCUUCAAUUUUAUUAUCCAUGAAACGAGUUCUGGAACUCUUCUUGAAUUUAUAAGAGUGACCAACAAAUCAAUUUAUAAUGCAAGCAUCAGCUCAAGUUCACCUGUAAUUGUGGUUUUACUUACUAAUAAUCAAAGCCAAAAAUUUGAAGGACUUAAAAAUUUGACAUCAAAUGAGGUAGUUUUUAUUACUGAAUGGAGACAGGCUUAUAAACUAAAAACACCUCAAAUUCAUGUACUUAUACGACCAACACAUGCUAACUCAUUGCCCGGUAUUGUUAAAUUUAUGUCGCCACUUAAAAAAAUGAAUAUGGAUGAUAUAGCAAAUUUUAUCAAUACAUCCAUUGCCAUUGAAAAAGAGAUAAUAUCGCCAAACAUUGAUAAAAUACUUUGCUUCCCUGACCAACAACUAGCACUUAUGCGUACGGUUUUAGGUAAAUACAGUGCCUUCACGAUGUAUGUCAUAAAUUGGACGAAGAAAAAGACUUUAAUCUCAACCAAAGAUUCAGAUAAAAAAUAUAAAUCUACCAUUGACUUGCCUCCAGCUGCUGCAAAACAGAUUCUGAAUCCAGUUCCAUGCGAUACAGUAUUUGAUCAAGGAAUAAUCAAUAUUGAUAUCUAA